AUGCUCUCCGCUCCCUCUUCCGCCGCCGGCAAAGACUCCGCCACCUCCAUGGCGAUCCUCGAAAUCACCACCGACCAAAUCAACCGCCUGAGAGACCAAAUCAACCGCGACAACGUUACGAAGGCGAAAUACAGCACGUAUCAGAUCCUCACCGCCCACAUCUGGCGCGCCGUCACCAGAGCCCGGGAUCUCGCCGCCGACCAACCCACCAAGCUCCACAUCUCCACCGACGGCAGAUCUCGCCUCAACCCGCCGCUCCCCGCCGGUUACCUCGGGAACUGCGUCUUCCACGCGACCCCGAUGGCGGAGGCAGGGGAAUUGGUCUCCGAGCCGCUGAUUCGGACCGUGGACCGGAUCCACGGCGCGAUUAAGCAGAUGGACGACGAGUAUUUGAGAUCUGCAAUCGAUUACCUCGAGGAUCCGAACGAUUCUUUGGCGAUUAUGCAGGUCCCGAGGACCUGCAGGACGCCGAAUCUGAAGAUCAUUAGCUGGAUUCGAUUUCCGUUUGAGUGCGCCGAUUUUGGGUGGGGGGGGCCGAUUUUCAAUCGGCCGGCGAAUCUGUUUGAAGGGAAGGGGAAUAUCUUGCCCAAGUACAGCGUCGACGGGAAUUUGUCGCUGGCGCUCUGUUUGGAGAACUAUGCCAUGGAGAAUUUCAGGAAGACGUUCUACGAAGUGGGAUGGGUGAAGAAGAAGAAGAAGAAGAAGAAGAAGAAGAAGAAGAAGAAGAACAGGGGAAUUUGA